UGUGACGUAUUAAAGGACCCGACGGAAAUAGAGCUGAAGGCGUUCUAAAAUGGCCAACCGUACGGUGAAGGAUGCGCACAGCAUCCACGGCACCAACCCUCAAUAUCUGGUGGAGAAGAUAAUUCGUACGCGAAUCUAUGAGUCCAAGUACUGGAAAGAGGAGUGUUUUGGACUUACGGCUGAACUUGUAGUCGAUAAAGCUAUGGAGUUACGGUUUGUUGGUGGCGUCUAUGGUGGCAACAUAAAACCAACUCCCUUUCUGUGUUUAACCUUGAAGAUGCUUCAGAUUCAACCUGAGAAGGAUAUUAUUGUAGAGUUUAUCAAAAAUGAAGAUUUCAAGUAUGUGCGCAUGUUGGGGGCGCUCUACAUGAGGCUGACAGGCACCGCAAUCGAUUGCUACAAAUACUUGGAGCCUUUGUACAAUGACUAUCGAAAAAUCAAGAGCCAGAACCGAAAUGGGGAGUUUGAGCUGAUGCAUGUAGAUGAAUUUAUUGAUGAACUAUUGCAUAGUGAGAGAGUCUGUGAUAUCAUUCUGCCCCGGCUACAGAAACGCUAUGUGCUAGAGGAAGCUGAGCAACUGGAGCCUCGAGUUAGUGCUCUAGAAGAGGACAUGGAUGAUGUGGAGUCCAGUGAAGAGGAGGAAGAGGAGGAUGAGAAGUUGGAAAGAGUGCCAUCACCUGAUCACCGCAGGAGAAGCUACCGAGACUUGGACAAGCCCCGUCGCUCUCCCACACUGCGGUACAGGAGGAGUAGGAGCCGGUCUCCCAGAAGGCGGAGUCGAUCUCCCAAAAGGAGAAGUCCCUCCCCCCGCCGAGAAAGGCAUCGGAGCAAGAGUCCAAGACGUCACCGCAGCAGGUCUCGAGAUAGACGGCAUAGAUCCCGCUCCAAGUCCCCAGGUCAUCACCGUAGUCACAGACACAGGAGCCACUCAAAGUCUCCUGAAAGGUCUAAGAAAAGCCACAAGAAGAGCCGGAGAGGGAAUGAGUAAUGGACUCAGUUUGGUUUUAAUCCAAAUGGCCUCCUGUGGAUAUGAGUAUCUGUCUAUGUGGAAGGAUUAAGAUCUGCUCCCCAGGCAGCUAUAAGAAUAUUUCAGUUUUUUCUUACCAAGUUUCUCCAUUUUUUUUUUAAAUGAAAGAGGUGCUGAGUUUUUUAUCUCUUUUUGAAUCAUAAUUAACAUCUUUGAGGGAUGACAAUAUUUCCUGAGGUCAGUUUUUGACCCAACCGACCUUGACUGUAUUCAAACUUGAGUGGUAAAUAGGAUCUGGGAAUUGGGGACGUGAAUGACAAGAAAAGGAUGUGGCCACCUGGUGACCCUUUUGUUUUUAUUAAACCUGACAUAGCCAUUUCCUAUUUUUCUGUAGUUCAGUUUUUGGUUUGCUCUAUUAUUAGAACAGCCUUGAGAAUUCUGGGAUUUGUGCUGCUCCUAUUAUUCAAAGGUCAAAUCAGUAAAACAUAGCUCCUAACUUUUUUCCCAGCAGCUGCAGGUGGUAAUAAACAGUGAAGGCUCACUAGUUAGCAGUUUUGCAAGACCAGAAUCAUUUGAACAUAAGGCUGCUUCUGGAUCAUAUAAUACAGUUUCAUCAAACAGCACAACAGACAGAAGCACUUAGCACCCUUUAUACAGCACAUUCUUAUGUAUUGCCAUUUGUUCUCUUAAAUUUCAGGUUAAGGUGCUCAGCCAUUAUUCUACAAGGAUUGACAUUAUCCAAGCCUAGUCAAUAGCAGUAGGGCUGCAGGAUUGAAAAAGAUUUGAUGGAGAGGAAAGUAUCUAAUACUACUCAUGGUUUUAACCUGAAUUGCUAGACAAUAGUGCUAUUCACAAAGUUAGAAAAUAUAGCAAGAAGAGAGCUUUUAGAAGAGCAGGGACUGAGAGGGUUGUGGUGGCACUGAAAGUGAUGCAUUCAGUUUAACAAGUUUAAUCUGAGACAACUAUAAUAUAGCUAAAGACAGGACAGCUGGAAAUAGAGAUCAGAGUUCAGCAUCGUGAUCUAGGCCAGAAUUGACAAUGUUUGGGUAAUUGUGGAAGAUGUAGGUGAGCUUACCCAGGGAGUGUGUAUAUUAUAUGUGUGUGUGUAUAUGUAUAUAUAUAAGAAAAGCAAACAGAAGCAUAGACAACACCCAACACUGGUGACAGGAAGAAUUACAAGUCACCUAUUGAAAACUGGAGUGAACCACUCAGAAAGAAAGGAAGGCGAAUUGAGAGAGUGGGUCAAAGAAGCCAAGGUAAGGACUAAAAAGUCUCCAUCCAUGGGCAAUGAUAAUCAAGAGAGUAUUAGGAUCUCUUCUAGGAGUGUUCUUUUUACCUGCACUUCCUUUUUCCUCCUUUAAAAAGGGAAAAGUGAUUGAAUGACUUGCUGCAACUCUAGUCUCAGCAGGAAUUGUGAAGACCAGCUACCUUACAAGAUGCAGUUUCUUGCGAACAACAUUUGUUGCUCUCUAUUGAACUGAGGGACUUUUGCAGUAGAACUCAUAUUAAAGCAUUUUUUAAAAAAUCUA